GCGUUUUCCUUCUAUAAAUGAACAACGGACCUGUUUCCUCAAACCACAUUUAUACUUUCUUCAAACUCUCUUUUUGCUCUCUCUCUCUCUCUCUCGCUCAUGGCUUCUUCUUCUUCCUUGUCUCGCGUUAGUCACCAAAUCUUUCCCAGCUUCCACGGGCCAGAUGUUCGUAGAGGGUUCCUCAGUCAUCUACACAAUGUCUUUGCAAAAAAAGAAAUCACGGUGUUUAAUGACCAGAAAAUCGAGAGAGGCCACACGAUUGGAUCUGAACUCGUACUAGCCAUCAGAGAAGCGGAAGCUUCUAUUGUUUUGCUCUCACAGAACUACGCUUCUUCGAGCUGGUGUUUAGAUGAACUGGUUGAAAUCCUGAAGUGCAAAGAAGCUUCGGGGCAGAUUGUGAUGCCGAUUUUUUACGACGUUGAUCCAUCGGAUGUAAGGAAGCAGAAGGGAGGCUUUGGGAUCGCAUUCGAGAAAACCUGUGAAGGUGAAACAGAGGAACAGAAGCAGAGAUGGGUCGAUGCUUUGACGUAUGUAGCAACCAUAGCUGGAGAACACUCUCGUAACUGGACUGAUGAAGCUGUGAUGGUCGAAAAGAUAUCCACAGUUAUGUUGAACAAACUAAAAGUGGAAGAGAUGAAGAAAGAAUUUAGGUCUUGCGAUAUAGACCAGAAUGGUUUUAUAACUGCGUCAGAGCUUCGAUAUGUGUUGACAAAACAUGGGGGCGAUUAUACCGAUGAAGACGUUUGCAAGACGAUCGAAACAUAUGAUAUAGAUGGCGACGGUCGGAUCAGCUAUGAUGAAUUCGUCAAAAUGUGUGCUAGGAUUGAAAAACUGGAUGCAGGGGUAGACAAGCUCGUCACAAGUGUUACUCUGCCUGAGGAGAAAAUGCAAGAAAUGAAGGCGACCUUUAUGUUGUUUGAUGUAGGCAAUAAUGGUUUCAUAACUGCAGCAGACUUUCAACUGUCUGAAAAAAGUGAUGGCAAAAAGUUAACAGAGGAGGAAGCUUAUAAUAUGCUCCGAAAUUUUGAUGCUGAUGGCGAUGGUCGGGUCAGCUUUGAUGAAUUCGUCAAAAGAUAUAUGGCUAUCGAGGAUGAAGAUGAUGCGUUAGCCAAAAAGCUUGUCACAGAUGUUACACUGUCUACGGAGGAAAUGGAAGAUAUGAUUCAAUUCUUUAAGGCUCUAGAUGUCGAUCACAAUGGUUUCAUAACUGCAGCAGACUUUCAACAGUCUAUGAAUCACAAUGGCAAAAAAGUAACUGAUGAGGUCGCUUAUAGUGUCAUCCGACUAAUGGAUGCUGAUGGUGAUUGUCAGAUCAGCUUUGAUGAGUUCGUCAAACAUUGGAUGAAGGAUAAGAGGGAGGAGGAAAAGACUGAGAAGAUCGAAAAGUAUGUCUCGAAAAAACUGAAUAAAUUCGUCAAAUUCAUUGCUAAAGCUUUGACCUGAAGACAAAAGGAGUUAUGAUGUUUUAUAGUGAUUUUUUUCAUUACUUAAUCAUGGUUUCUUUCUUUACGACAUGUUUUUACUUCUUUCUCAUUUUCCUUAGUUGCUUUGUUAAGUUCUUUAGUGUUAUGCCAGGCAUGAAUGAACUCAUGUGCUUGCAUAUCACGAACAACUGAUUUUAUUUGUUUAUAUUUCUCUUGUUUCCCUUAAGAAAAUCUGCAAUAAAUUGGCCACGGCUGAAUAAAUGUUAUACAAAAGUAUUCUCUAGAGCACCAAAGUGCGCGAUUUAGAAAACCUCAAGUUAUCAAUUUGAGUUUAUAGAUUCUGAAAGGAUGGGUAUAUUUUUCUUUUUUAAUUUUUCUUUUGAAAACCGUUUUAAAGUUUUAAUUUUUUUUUGAGAACCGAUUUAAUUUUUUUCUGUUAUAAAUACUUUACCCACCAUAAUAAUUGUGAGGAAUGGCUCUGUCGAUUAACUGCUUUAAACUUCAAACAGUGAACGCGGUUAAGAAUUUACAUUUUAGAUUUGAGGAAUGAAUUUUUGGAGAAUGGGGAUAAAAAUAAUAAUAAUUAAGACUAAAAUUUUAAAAUAAUAAUUUUAAAUACUUUCAAAAAGAAGUUUCGUAAUUGAAAAUAAUAUUUAAAAAUUUAAAAAUUGAAAAAUCGAAAAAUCAAGAAAAAAAUUUUGAAUUGAUUUUUUUUUUUGAUGUUUUAUUAUUUAUUUAUAUUGAUAUAUAUAUAUAUAUAUGGUAUAAAUGUUUUUUACUUGUUUAAUGAAUUUUCUUUUGGUCAAAAAAGUAUUUUAGAAUAUCUUGGAAGAUUUAUCCAAGUAAAAUUUUUUUUGAUGAAAUGUCAAAUUUAUUGAUUUAUCAAAGCAAUUCUACCUCACUUAUAAAACUUAUAUGACGAGAAAAAAAUUAGUUAAAUUGUAUUUUUGAUUGAGUGUAUUGUUCAAAAGUGGUAGAUAACUUAGAGUAUUCUAAACAUUUCUCUAAAAUUUGUAUACUUAUCAAAAAUAAAACUGAUUAUACAUACAAUCAGGAGAAGCUGCUUAAAAUACAUUAACUUGGCUACCACUAUUCAGAAAUAUACUCAAUCAAAUAUACUUUAAUAUUUAUUAUUAUUUUUUUUUUGAAUUGAAUGUUAAAUUUAAUUCAAAAAGGAAAAUACCUUGUUACAACUA